UCUUUGCAUCGGACACCAAAUCCCAAACCCUCCUCUCUUUCUUUUGCAAAAACUCUUCAAAACCCUCACUCUCUCUCUUCUUUAGACCCCAAAUCCCAAACCCAAACCCCAACCGGCAUAACAAUGAGUGAGAAGGAGAAGAUGAACAAAGAAAAUACACACAGACAGAGCUCUGAACCAGAAGAAAAGAACAAAGAAAGAGAAGUAACGACGGAGAGAGAAGAUGGCCGAAAGGAGACGGAAGAGACUUACGCACGCAAAGAACACUUCCACCCUUCAACCAGGUUUUCUAUCGCUUGAAGAGAUUGAUGAAUCUGAGUAUGGUUUGGAAAUUCCUAAACCUGAGAGAGAAAACAAGAAACAAAGGACUAAAGAAAAUAAAAAUGAGAAAAAAAGGAAGCAUAGUGAAGUGGAGGAUGAGCUUGGUGGUGAGGUUGAAGCUGUAAGUGAAGAGAAGGAUAAUAAAGUGAAGAGAAAGAAGAAAAAGAAGAAGAAGAAAAAGAAGAACAAGGAUGCAAAGAAUUCUGAGGAAAAUGAAGAACCAACUGCUGAAGUCAGUGAUCCCAAGGAGGAUAUUGAAGGAGAUUCAGUUGAUGAAGCUGAAUAUUACGCUUGGAAUGAACUGAGGCUACUUCCCCUGCUUAUGAAAGCAAUAUAUAGUCUUGGGUUUAAAGAACCAACACCAAUACAGAAAGCUUGUAUUCCUGCAGCUGCUCAUCAAGGAAAGGUUGAUUUCAUUUCUAUAAUGCUCUGUUUGGAUCAUUGCUUUGGGAAGCAAUAUAUAGUCUUGGGUUCAAAGAACCAACACCAAUACAGAAAGCUUGUAUUCCUGCAGCUGCUCAUCAAGGAAAGGUUGAUUUCAUUUCUAUAA